AUGGUUGAAGGAGAAGGCGUUUGCUCGGUGUGUGCGGUUAAUUGUCAUCGAGGCCAUGAUCUAUCAUACAGUAAAUUUGGUUCAUUCUUUUGUGAUUGCGGAGAAAAAGGUUGUGUUGCGUUGAAAUCCACAUCAUAUCCUAAACCGCAGCGUGCCAGCAAUCAAAAAUAUGCGACAUUGCCCAGCACCCGAUCAAAAUCUUCAAAGCACAGAUUGAGUGUCUUCAGUCAUCUUUCAAUUAUGGAUGAAGAUAAGGCAGAAAUUGAAAAUCAUUUGUGUCAAUUUAUGGACGCACUGACAGUUAAUCGGAAGAAUAUUAUAUCAUUGAUUACUGCGGUAAAGGAAGGAGUGCGUUUGCGAUCAAGCAAGGCCCGUGAAACAUCGUUAAGAGAAGCCGAUGCAAAGCUGAUGCAAGGCUUGAUAAUAUCAACUGAUCGUGUAAUUAUGGAACCGUUAACUUCAUAUUCUAAAGCCCUUUUUGAUAAACGAAUUGAAGCGGGAAAAAAUAUAGAUAAUAUGAUAACAUCUCUUGAAAUUGGUGGCACGAUUCUUCUAGUUGCUGUGCAAGAGAAUUCAAAGAUUGUUUUGCUUGGCGUCCGAUCAUUGCUGAGCGCAUCUACGAAAGAUUGUGAUAUACCAGUUAGUUUUAUUGUAAUUAAAGAGCGAGUCGAAUUGGAUGAGGUUGGGUUCAAAAUAGUUGCACUCGCAAGUAUGAAAGAUUUACUGGCUGUAUGUGGUUUGAAUCAGUAUCUCAUUCUACGCAUUAAUAAGGAUGGUGAUAUAUCUGAAAGGCAAAAUGUUGAAUUUGCUAAUUCAUUCCCAUCUUAUGCUGUUCCUAAA